AUGAGCAUUUGCGUACAUGUACCCCAGUUUUCGAGUGGCGUCUACCGAGUGGAAACCCACAUGGCAACCGCAACGCCCCCAGCAGCUCCUUACGACGAUGGAAGCUCUACCGAGAGCGAGUACUACUUCGAUCCUCGAGAAGAGGCCGAGGAGGAGGCGGCGUACGCGUGGACGCAUGAGCAUGACCCGCCAACGACGCAGGAGUCAGCAAGUCACGGUAAUUAUAAAAGUACUGUGAUAAAGCAGGAGUACCGUGAAUGCGGGCAGUUACAGCAAAAUGCAGAGAAGCUUAUGUUGCCGCAGGGCAGCGAGUGGAGCCACGGAGCGGCAUCAAGUACCGUGUACGACAAUGCAGUACAGCAAGCACUAGCAAUGGCACAGAACGUGACAAAAGGUCCAAGAGAAGAACCGUUGACGGAUGAUACAAUGAACAGUAAUGCAUCUCCGACUGAGAACAAGGAAGAAGAGAAACAAGAGAAAACUAUGGCGAUAUUGAAGAAGAAAGAGGUCAAAGUCAAGCCAAAACUGAUCUCGCUAAAGUGUGUCAAGACUCCAACGCCUCCAGCGUCAGUGACAAAGGCAGUGGCUGUAGGUCUUCGCCGCUCACCCAGCAACGUAGAAGGGGCGUCGAGCGACCUACAAAAGGAGUUAUCGGUGGCUCGACCUAAAUGGAAAUCUACUGCGAGCCAGUCGUCCAGCCAGAAGCCAAGUCCGAGGCACCACAACGUCACACACUCAAAGUCAAGUCACGAGAAAAAGACGCAAUCGAUACAAAAAGAAGGAGCUAACAAGUCGCCGUCAAAAGAGAUAAACCGACGAGGUGAAAGAAGCAGUGUUCAGGUUAAUACCAACUGCCAUGCUACCAAGCCACGGCUUCAAGAAAUGGAGCCGGUUCGAUCGAGUCGGCCAGUGUACAGUAAUGAAACAAGCUUUUCUGCCAUGUCAAAAGCAGUCGAGACGUCGAAAAGGAGUCGAAGAGAUCCACGUAUCCGACCUCGAGUCGAGUCGGUUGCUGCAACUCCAGCGAACGGGAAAGCACCCGCAUACGACCACUUUGACCAUUUCGACCCAUUCGAACGCCGAGUUUUCAAGCUAAAGCUACAAGAAGCUGACGCGGACGAGAAAUUGUCAGGCAAAUUUCAAAGUGAAGCUCAGAGAGCUUUGUACGAGCGGAGAUUCUACAAAAUGGGGCUGGAACGAACACGACUGGAGAAUGAGGACUUCGAGCGGUUCGAACAGCUGUAUGCAACGACGAAAGUGUCGGGUGUGGCCUUGAAGCGAUACCAAGACAACCGGGACUUUGCGUGGCGAGUCAUGUGCUUCAAGCAGCGACAGGCGGCACUACAGCAACAAAAAGAUCUGUUUGUGUCGGAGGAGGUGACAAGAGAAAAGUGGCGUCAAUUGGACGAAGACCGAGAGAAACUAAUGACUGAGAACGCGCACAUGUUCCACACGGUCAUGAUGGAGAACGACGGAGAGUUUCAGCGCAGAGACAACGCGGGUAAACGUGGGAUUGGGCAUGGAAACCAGCGUGAAGAGCCCAAAUUUAAGCGUCGUGCAUCCAACGUCAAUCAGUCAGAUGCGACAACCAGUUCGCGUGUUAUAGUUGGCGCUGCGCUGCAACUUCAGGGCGACAGAACUCGAAGCAAAACCUUCGAUCCACUUCGUGCUCGCCCCAAGAAUUCGCCGUGGUUUUUAAAAGGUUGA